UCGCUGGCGCGCGUGCGCAGGAGGACGGAGGCGCUCUGCUGAGACGAGUGGGCCCGAGGGCGGUGUGGCCGCGCGACCCUCCGCCGCCGGCCGUGCCAUGGCGGACGAGGAGCUGGAGGCGCUGCGGAAGCAGAGAUUGGCCGAGCUGCAGGCGAAGCACGGGGAUCCUGGCGAUGCAGCCCAGCAGGAAGCAAAGCAGAGGGAAGCAGAAAUGAGAAACAGUGUCCUAGCCCAAGUUCUGGAUCAGUCAGCCCGGGCCAGGUUAAGUAACUUGGCGCUUGUAAAGCCCGAGAAAACUAGAGCAGUGGAGAACUACCUCAUCCAGAUGGCGAGGUACGGCCAGCUAAGCGGGAAGGUAUCAGAACAAGGUUUAAUAGAAAUCCUUGAAAAAGUGAGCCAGCAGACAGAGAAGACGACGACAGUUAAAUUCAACAGAAGGAAAGUAAUGGACUCUGAUGAAGAUGACGAUUACUGAGCAGAAUGUCCAGAGACGAACUCUGGAACAGUUCCAGGAUGGAAGUUAAGGCUGUUUAAAUGUUUACUUUGUUUAUUGUUGAUAUGCCUUUAAAAAUAAACUUGUUAUGCAAA